UCUGUUGUUUACUAAAUACUAUUAUGUCACUCUUUUAUAUAUGUUAUGGUUGAUCAUUGACCGAAAUGUGUGUAAUCAAGGAGGGCGAAUUAAUUAUUGGGUCCGAAAGUGGGCUCUUUGGAGACAUUACGCCAAUUAUUUCCCACUCAAGUUAAUUAAAACAACAGAUAUAGACCCGAAUAAGAACUACAUCUUCGGGUGUCAUCCGCACGGAAUCCUUUGUUUCUCAUAUUUCGGUGCCUGUUCUGCCACUAAACCAAGUAUGGAAUGGUUGUUG